AUGGAUGACUCGGGCAGUGCGCCGCCCAGCAGUCGCCCCCUCGAGCGCCGCGCAACCGUGGGCGAAGCAUCGUCGCCAUCGCACCAGCCACACCGCUGGCGCCCACGAAGCAAGUCCGUAUCGAACGCGUGCGAGCGGUGCAGGCGCCGCAAGAUCCGCUGCGAUGGGGAGGUCGGCCCCUGCUCCACCUGCGUCCGCUUCUGCGUGGCUUGCGUCCGUCCGCCCAAGCUGAAAGUCGGUGCCCACCGGGCUCUGGCCAGCCGCAUCCACCAGCUCGAGGCGCAGCUGGCCGACUUGGGUGACGCACACAGUCCCGCCUGGAGUGACUCGAUUCCAACCACAUCGCUGCACCUCGACACCACUUUCAACUCCCCGCAGCCUUCCCUCUCCUGGGACUUUUCACCAUCCACCCACUCUGCCGCCGCCAGUCCAGCCAUCCAGCAGCCCGACAUCCCCACCAUCGAGAUCUCCGAGUGCGGAGGGCCCGCCUCUCCAACUUUACUCUCCCCGGCUCCCUCUUUACUUUCCGCCAACUCCCGCUGCUCGACCCCGGACCCGUACACCAUCACGACCCCCAUCAUUCUCGGCUGCUCCGCCGCCCAGCUCGCGCCGCCUCUGCUGGCAUCCCCCGUCUCCCCGCCCGUCUCCGCCUACGGCAGCAGCCAGCGAAGCCAGUGGGACUUUUCUCCCCUUUUCCACGGCGACGCCAGCAACGAUGGUGCCUGUUACCUGAGCCCUCCUCCCGCCGACCGCGGCGGGGAUCCGUCGUCGCUCUCGCGGCGCUCGUCCAUCUCAUCGCUCGGUCUGGAUCACGAUUUCUACAACGCCGUCGCCCUGCACCCCUUCUCGCCCUUUGAAGAGGACCCGCUGCCGCUGCCGCCCUCCCCCUCGCCCAACGCCUUCGGCGAGCGGUCCCGACCGAACGCCAGCAGCCGCCCACCCACGACGACGCAGCCGCAGCCGCAGACGCAGACGCAGACGCCAACCAAGUUCGAAGCCGAGACGCUAUCCGACAUCUUCUUCGACGGCAUCGACCCCAGCCGAUGGCCCGUGGAGCCAGCGGUCCACCACGCCUGCCUGGACCGGGUGUACGACGACGACCACCAUCAUAAUUUUCCAGAACUUAGCUACUCGCUGCGCAUGGCGCGCUUCCUCGUCUUCAUGACCCUGGCCGUCGGGAUGCGCUUGCGGCAGCGGCAGGCUGGCGCCCGUGGUACUGGUGGACGUGGUGGUUUCGCCCGGGUGAGUGAGAAGACGUCGACGGAAGGCAAUGCGCUGCUGGGCAGCUGCUAUGGGCUCGCGAUGCGGCAGGCGGAAUGCGCUGAGUUUUGGUGCGAGGUUGGGGCUGGGGAAGCCGCGGCGCUGUUGGCUUUGUUUGCGGCUGAGAGCGGCGGCGGAGUGGUGCAGGGGCAGGGGCUGGAGGAGACGGAUUGCUGCGAGUGA